AUGAAUUCAAAUGCUUCCACAUUUGCUGCCGCAUCUUUGCUGGCAUCACACCCAGGAUAUUUUCCAUACCAAGCAGCCCACCCCUUUCAUAUGCCUCCACUGUUGGACAGCGUUUUAUACGUGGGACGACCGCCAAUAGUGCCUUUCCAUUACGACAACCAACACACGGAGCAAACAUCGUCCACCACGAGCAGUCCCAAGUCUAACAACGAAUCCGAUUCCGGCUCGUCCAACCUGGACAAUCAGGAAUCACCCAGACCUUUCAAAAUGUACAACAAGGAUCCGGCUGGUUUGUCGAUGGCACUGCCGACGGAAACAAUCUUGGCGAAAAACUCGGACGAGGCUUACGCCGAAUUCAGGGAAAAGAUGAAGCAACAGGCGAAAGCCAAUUCGGUGAACAGGAACAUGAGACGGGCCACUUCUAGUCAGUCCAGCGAUCCGGAGUAUUUGGAGAGGAGGAAGAGAAACAAUGAGGCCGCGAAACGGUCGAGGGACGCCAGGAAAGCGAAGGAGGACGAGAUCGCCAUAAGGUGUGCGUUUUUGGAAAGGGAAAAUCUGCAUCUCAAAAUUAAAAUUGCCACGUUAGAAAGCGAACGUGAGAGGUUGCACAACAUGAUGUAUAGGUAGACGCAGAAUUUAGU